AUGUUAACUAAUUCGGCACUAAUUAAAUCUUUCGCCAAUAACAACAACAAUACGGACUUUAGCAGUAAAAAGUCUUUUUCCCCAGCCACUGUGGGUUCUCCGUUAUCUAGAACUACCACUAUUAACGAUUCUUUGUGCUCAAAUAAUACUUCGGUAACUGACCUAAAUUCAACUAAUAGCACUGGUAAUAAUAUGGAUAAUCAAAAACUGGAUACGUUUUCAAGAUUAAGUACUGAGUUUAGUAGCAUUACUAUCGACUCCAAUAAUAGUAGUUCUUUAUCUCGCCCAUUUACUUCAACCACUGGUCCGACUAGCACUCGUGAUAUGGGUACUGCAAAUAGCAAAUUAUAUUCUGCUGAAUUUUUUGAUGACAAAUACAAGUGGCAAAAUGACACUUCAUGGUUUAUGGAUAAUUGGGUUGAGUUUUUAGAACAUGAUUUGAACUUAAAUUCUGACUUUAGAACUAGCCGUGCUGGCGGCGCCAGUACUGAUAAUAACAUUGAUAAUAAUGAUAUAGGAUCAGAUUUUUCUCAACCACCGAAACCGAAAACACAUCAUUCUUUACAUAAGGCGAGUUCCACCAGUAGUUUAUCUAGGAAUUUUGGUAAGUCGUUGAAACUGUCCCUAUCUAAUACCUCCCUUAACAGUAACGUUAGUAAUACCGGUAACACCAAUGGUAAUAAAGGUACACGAGUUGAUCGUACUCAUCGUAACACCAACAAGACGACCAAAUUAAAGAAUUUUUUUUCUAGAAUUAAAGUUAAGACAGAAGAUAUUUCGGAUUCCAAAUUUUUGCAGGAUAAUAAAGAUUUAAUGAUCCAGGACUUACGUCACCAGAAUUGGAAACUUGUUAACUUGAUUGUUAGUGAAGGUAGAGUAUAUAUAUUCAUAUUUGAUAGAAUGCUAAAAAAUGAAACCGGAUUGAAUAGUUUGAGUUUUGCCAAGAAAUUCUGUUCAACUUAUGAAGUUUAUAAUCUUUUUGGCACUGAAUCCAAGUUGGUUGAAGACAAUAUGGUUAUUUCAAAUGAUUCUUUGGAUAUAGAUGAUGAUAAAAAGAAAUGGGUCUUUACAAUCACUUUCCCAUCUUAUGAUUCCAAUUCAACUGCUAAAACAACAUUUCAUUUACGUACAAAAAAUAAGGUGCUGGCUGAAAAAUACAUUCAAUCCUGUAAUUUUUGGAGCAGUAGAAUCACACCUAUUCCUAAUGCUCAAUUUGAUAUGGUUUCUAAUUUAGAAUAUGGUUGGAGUGAAGAUAUUUUGACAUUUGGUCAUACCAAUACUAUGGGUGGUGAUAACAACAUUAGCCUCGGUGACGCUGAUAAUAAAUCUACGAUAGUGAGUCUUUGGAAACCGUUAUAUAGUAUAGAUUGUUUGGUUCACACUGAUUUGCAAACGACUCAACUAUGUGAUACGACACUAAAAUCGCAGUACAAAAAUUUGAAAAUUUUUACUCAAAGUUUGUCUGAUCUAAUUGAUGAGCAUUUGAACAUAGUCAAACCAAAAAUGUUAGCAUAUUGGCAACAUUAUGUUCAUAUUUCAAAUGACAUCUUAUCUUUUGAUCUUGCUAUGGAUAAUUGGACUGAAAAAUAUUUGUUUCUAAUUAAACAUUAUGAUCAUCAAAUAUUGUAUUUGAAUGCUUUGGAAAAUUUACGGAAAGAAGCUGAGAAAUUGGGCGACGCAGAGUUACAAAAUUAUUUUGCAAUAAAUGGAGAGGAGACUCAAAGCAAUUAA